AUGGAUUCUCUUUCAUUUGUUGGCUUUUUCUUUGUGUUCUUUUUGAGUUUUAUAUGUUCGUCUCAAGGCUAUAAGUUUUAUGUUGGUGGUAAAGAAGGUUGGGUUUUAAAGCCGUCUGAAUCUUAUGAUCAUUGGGCCAGAAGGAAUCGCUUUCAAGUCAAUGACACUAUAGUAUUCAAGUACAAGAAAGGGUCAGAUUCAGUUUUGGUGGUCCAUGACAAUGAUGACUAUUUAAAAUGUAACAAAACAAGCCCAAUCCAUCAUUUAAAAGAUGGCCAUUCUAGAUUGAAAUUUACAAGAAAUGGCCGAUUUUAUUUCAUCAGUGGAAAAGACGAUAACUGUGAGAAAGGCCAGAAGGUUCUAGUAGUUGUCAUGUCGCCGAAUCACCAAAAAUCUCCAUCGCCGGCGAGUUCUCCGGUGGUCACCCCGGCUCCUCAACCGGAAUCUGCUUCACCAGCUCCGGCGCCGGCGGCAUCGGCGGCUGCAGUGGAUGUGAGCUCAUCAAAUGUUCUGUUUGGGGUUUUUAUCAGUUUGAUUGCGGCAGCUGUUUUUCUGUAA